AUGUCGUCGGCAGCUCGAGCAAAGCUUGCCGAACUGAAGGCCCUUCGUGCCUCUGGCAAAAAAAGACUAUCCACCUACGAAGUCGAAGACCAGGGAUCUAUAUAUGACGAAGUCGACGAAGAAGGUUACAAAAAGGUUGUUCGACAACGACUCGACGAGGACGACUUCGUUGUUGACGACAAUGGCGAAGGAUACGCAGAUGAUGGACGCGAAGUCUGGAAUGAAGACCACAUAGGGUAUAGCGAUAGCGAAGAUGAUGGUGACCUCCCGGCACGAGGGAAGGCAGCAAAGAGAAAGCGAGAAGAAGAAAAUCAGCGGAAGGAGAAGAUCAAUAAUGGUAUCUCCAAGUAUUUCAGUACGAGCAGUGCUUUAGCUGCGCCGAAGCCAAAGCCUGUUGCAACGGCCGAAGAUGAAGCCUUCAUGGCCGAUCUUCUAGGCGACGUUGAUGCCAAUAUCCUGCCCUCACGAGUGCCAACUAAGAACAUCAUCAAGUCUGAGACACGCCGCAAAGUCCGUAUUUUGUCACCUCCCCUCUCGGACAAAUCUCAGAAAACAAAGCCUCGCAUGAGAGGCAAAGGCGAGGAUACUCCUAUUCCACCCAAACAGGAUGUCAACAUUCCUGACUAUGAUGACGAUGACGGCACAUUGGCAUUGGGUGGUGACGGUGAUGAGAACAUCCCAAUGAGUGAUGCAGCUCUCCCCUCAUCUCCGAUAUCCAAGGCUGUUGAAAGAAAAGCCUUCAAGAGUGAGCAAGAAGCCAUCAAAGAAGAGGAAGAUGAGGAUGAUAUGAUGGACGUUGCUCAAGCUACUGGUCAUCACGACAGCAAAUCUUCUAGUGUGAACAUGACAGGGAGCAAGCCUCCACCCAAGAUCAAGAAACAAUCGUACCCUUCGCCAUCAAGUUCAUCUCCGCCACGUGCUCCUGCUGAAGUGGAAGCUACCUGGGACAACGUGACAAGCAAACUCAACGUUCUCAGUAGCCCGGCAACCGAGAAUGUCGGCUUUGGCAAAGUGCGAGCUCAGGAUGUUAUCGAAGAAGAUGGCAGUGUUCAAUUCUUCUGGCUUGAUUAUACAGAGGUCAAUGGCACUCUGUGUCUCUUUGGCAAGGUCAAGAACAAGAAGACUGGCACCUAUGUCAGUUCCUUUGUCAAGGUUGACAACAUUCUUCGCAAACUCUUCUUCCUACCGCGUGAACACCGCAUGAAAAACGGCCAUAUCACCGAUGAAGAGGUCGAUAUGGAAGAUGUCUACGAGGAAGUAGAUAAAAUGAUGACCAAGCUCAAGGUGGGUAUGCACAAGAUCAAGCCAUGCACCCGCAAAUAUGCCUUUGAGCUUCCAAACAUUCCCAAAGAAGGAGAUUACUUGAAGCUUCUUUACCCAUAUGACAAACCGGUUCUAUCCAUGGACACAACAGGCGAGACGUUCUCACAUGUCUUCGGCACUAAUACAGCACUCUUCGAACAAUUUGUCUUGUGGAAACGUAUAAUGGGCCCUUGCUGGCUUAAGAUUGGAGAAGCAGACUUUUCAGCAGCCGCCAACGCUUCAUGGUGCAAGUUUGAAUGUCAAGUCUCUAAGCCAAAUACAAUCACCACGAUACCAGACUCCGAAUUAGAGAUGCCUCCUUUGACCUUGAUGAGUUUGUCUUUCCGAACUCUGCUUAAUGUUAAAGAAAACAAACAGGAGAUCUUGGUCGCAAGUGCUCGUAUCUAUGAGAAUGUCUCCCUGCCUGAGACCACCCCUCCAGAGAAGAUGCCUUGCAAGACUUUCACAGUCAUGCGUCCUUCAGGGACUUCUUAUCCUAUUGGUCUCGAGGCAGAAGUUAAGAAACAACGGGGCGUGUACAUGUUGGAAAAGAACGAGCAAUUCCUUCUCAGCAAGUUUCUCGCUCUGUUCGAGCGGAUGGAUCCCGAUAUCAUCAUGGGUCAUCAGCUUCAAGAGGUUGAUCUUGGAAUCUUGCUAAAUCGAAUGAAAGAGAAGAAGACGCCAGGCUGGUCUCGAGUUGGUCGACUGAAGCGUACUGAAUGGCCCAAGAACUUCAACAGAGGAGGCGGCUUCUUUGCUGACAGACAUCUCAUCGCUGGUCGAAUGAUGUGUGAUCUCGCCAACGACAUGGGCAAGUCUCUCAUGGUUAAAUGUCAGUCGUGGACAUUGACCGAAAUGUGCCAACUCUACUUAAAUGAUGAUCACAUCCGUAGUGAGCUUGAUAAUGAAGCUGCGCUGAAGACUUGGGCUACGACCAAGGAAGGCUUGAUGAAAUAUGUGACGCACUGCGAGGCCGACACUUACUUCAUCGCUGCACUAGUGAUCCGCUUACAGAUGCUUUCUCUGACCAAGGUCCUUACCAACUUGGCCGGUAACUCAUGGGCAAGGACUCUCACUGGAACUCGCGCUGAGCGUAACGAGUACAUUUUGCUCCAUGAGUUCCACCGCAACAAAUACAUCUGCCCAGACAAAUACUCGAACAGGCAGCACAAGGCCACCGAAGAGAAGAUGGAUGACGAUGAUGACUCCACUGAUAAGAAAAAGAAGGAGAAGUAUAAGGGAGGUCUCGUUUUUGAACCAGAGAAAGGACUUUACGAUCGAUAUGUUCUUGUUAUGGACUUCAACAGCUUGUAUCCCAGUAUCAUUCAAGAGUUCAACAUCUGCUUCACCACGGUCGACCGAAGCUCAACAGCCGAGAACGAAAAUGAAGAGAAAGUCCCCGAAGUCCCUUCGUCUGACCAAGAACAAGGAAUUCUACCCCGUCUCAUUGCAAAUUUGGUCACACGGCGUCGAGAGGUCAAGAAGCUGAUGAAGGAUAAAAGGGCGACAACUGAACAGCUAGCAUUGUGGGAUACCAAACAAAUGGCCUUGAAGCUGACGGCCAACUCUAUGUACGGUUGUUUGGGUUAUACGCAAUCUCGCUUCUAUGCUCGUCCACUGGCCAUGCUUACGACAUUCAAAGGUCGUGAAAUUCUUCGCAGUACGAAAGACCUUGCAGAAUCAAAACAGCUACGAGUCAUUUAUGGUGAUACCGAUUCUGUCAUGAUCAAUACCAAUAUGGACACAAUCAGUGAUGCUCUGAAAGUCGGCGAGGAGUUCAAGAUGUCCGUCAAUGAGCGCUACAAGCUUCUUGAGAUUGACAUUGAUAACGUCUUCCGCCGUCUUCUCCUUCAUGCUAAGAAGAAAUAUGCUGCUAUUAACAUGACUGAGGUCGAUGGGAAAUAUAUUGACAAGCUUGAAGUCAAGGGUCUCGACAUGAAGCGUCGUGAAUACUGUGCUCUGUCUAAGGAGGUGUCAAAGAGGCUUCUUGAUGAGAUUCUCUCGGGUGAAGACUCGGAAGUUGUCCUCAAUAAAGUUCACGAUUACCUGCGAGACAUUGCUUCCCAGAUGAGAGAAUACAAAAUUCCAGUACAAAAAUAUGUCAUAUAUACAAAACUUUCCAAACGACCGGAAGAAUAUCCGAAUAAAGAAAGCAUGCCUCCUGCUCAGGUUGCUCUAAGAGAGAUUGCUCGAGGAAAGACGAUCCGACCAAACGACGUUAUUGCAUACGUUGUGACAAAUGGCGACUCUGAGACAGCCAGUCUCCCGCCCCCGAAACGAUCUUACGCUCCCCAGGAUGUCAUGAAGCCAGACUCGGAAUUGAAACCUGACAUAGAGUACUACCUGCUCAAGCAGAUUUUCCCGCCGAUUGAGCGUCUCUGCGCACCAAUUCCCGGCACAGAUCCUGUCCGUAUUGCCGACUGCCUUGGACUAGACGUUCGAAAGUACCAGAUUAAUAGUUCUCGUUCAAAUGCUCAACAAGAUGCAGAAAUUUACCCCUUGGAGUCUCAAAUUCCCGACUCAGUACGCUUUGAACAUGCAGCACGUCUAACUCUCCGAUGUCGACACUGCGGCGCGUCUUCAGUCUUUGAAGGCUUGAGCUCAUCCUCUAAUAUGUGCUCUCCACACGGUGUGGUAUGCCCGAAUGAAGCCUGCGGGAAAGUAUUCUCGACAAUCUCAAUCAUCGCACAGGUGGAAAGCCAGAUUCGUGCACAGACGGCAAAGUACUACGAAGGUUGGCUUGUGUGUGAUGAUUCUUCCUGCGGCAAUCGCACCAGACAAAUGAGCGUCUAUGGUCAUCGCUGUCUAGGACCACGAGGACGUGCGGAAGGCUGUCUAGGCCGCAUGAACUACGAGUACACCGAGAAACAAAUGUACAACCAACUCCUCUACUUCGCUGGUCUGUGGGACGUCGACAAGGCCAAGUCAAUUGCUGCUAAAGAGGCUGGCGAAGCUAAAGACAAUAUCCAUGCUCUAGCUGAGUACAACCGGGCAAAGUUUGCUACUAUCAAAGGGGUAGUGGACGGGUAUUUGAAGAAGUGUGGCCGGCAAUGGGUUGAUAUGGAUACUUUGUUUAAAUUCAUGAUGGCUUAGGAUCGAGCGCCUGCAACAUGUUAUUGUGCAUUCUAGUUUUGAUUAUUGGCGUUGAGGAUACUGAUUAUGAUGACCCCUGCUUUUGUUUUUGCUAAAUGAUAACUAAUGCAGAGUUGAUUGAAUGGCAUUGUAUAUAGC